AUGGAUUUUACUUUUCCAAAUAAAAUAAAAACAUUCCAACCGUUAAUAAUUUUUCAUAAUAAUAAUGAAGUAACGGACGUUGAUUGCCAACAUAGAAGCUCACUUAUAAAACAACAUCAAAUAAAGACAAAAGAAAUGUUACAAUAUAAUGCGCAGCUUUGGGGAAAUAAAGGAAAAGCAGCCUCUAGAUCAGUAAUGGACCCAUUAAUGGGACAGCAUUAUGAUAUCAGUGAUCAACAGACAGGAUUAAAGUUUGAAUAUACUGAUGAUGAAUAUGUAGAAUACUUCGAUAACAAAGUUCUAACAGAAAAUGAAAUACUGUCAAAUGUAGCUACCGAAAUCACUCCAGAUGCAGCUAAAAAUUCAGCUAAACUAAAGAUGCAUCCUUCUAUAUCAUUACCAUUAUACACGAACAAGAAUAGCAAAGAUCCAUUAACAGUGUUAUCUACUACUAAUUUUACUUCAGCAAAACAUAAAAGAUUAUCUGUCGAUUAUAAUAAACAGUAUAAUAACACUUCUUUCAUUCUAAAUUUUGAUGAAGAGGAUGAAGAGGAACAAAAUCCAUUAACAUUAUCUAAUACAGUUCAUCAUGAUGAGCCUCAAUUUCGUUACACUUAUAAACCAUAUAACGGUAAAAAGAAACGAAGAGGAAAUAUCCCCAAGGUAGUAACUGAGUUUCUAAAAAGCUGGCUUAUUGUUCAUAAGGAACAUCCUUAUCCAACUGAAUUAGAAAAACAAAUAUUAGCCGAUGAAACAAACUUAUCCGUAAAUCAAAUCAGUAACUGGUUUAUUAACGCUCGUCGACGAAUUUUACAGCCUCUAUUAGAAUCAGAGAAUCAGCAGCAACAGCAGCAACAGCAGCAACAGCAGUCAACGGAAGAAUGCAACUAUAAUACAUCAAUUUUCAAUCCAAUGAAUCAACAAAGGCCAAUAGACGAUCCAAUAGAUAUUACAAAUCAACGAUUUACUUAUAACCGUCAGGAUAAUGACUCGAAUCAUCAAAACCAAUACUCCACUCCUCACGAGUUAAAUUAUAAUAAUAUGAUGAAUAACAAAACUCCUUUAAUGUAUACAACUGAUAUGAGUCUACUUCAUCAUUCUCAAGAUACUACAGAUUCUAAAUACUGUGUACCAUUACCAUGGGAAUCUUUACCACCCAUUCAUAUUCCCAAGAAAAAAAAAUUGAAGUAUUUCGAAUUUAAUGAUAACGUAGUAUAG